CACAAUGAGCCUUCCUGCCAGCUGAAUGCGGUUCAUGCACUCCGGAGCCACAGGAGGAAGUGCUGCAUGCUUUCUUUUCCUCUUUCUUUCUAAUUUCCUUCCCCUAAAUCCCAGACCUACUCAGUUACUCUCGCAAGCUGGUUUGCUGCAGACCGCUGGCUGUAGUGAUUUAACAAGAGAAGGAGGAGCUGCAGAAGCCGGUAGACGAGGAAAAGCCCCUUCUAGACUUCCUUCUCCAGGGCAGGAGGAAAAGAGACCCAUGGAGAACGAGUCCCUCCCACCUCUGCCAACCUUCAGCCCGGCCGUGCCGCCGUACGUGAAGCUGGGUCUGACGGUGGCGUACACCGUCUUCUACUCGCUGCUCUUUGCGUUCGUGUACGCGCAGCUGUGGCUGGUGCUGCGAUACCGACACAAGCGCUUCAGCUACCAGACUGUGUUUCUGUUCUUGUGUCUGCUGUGGGCAGCUCUGCGUGCGCUGCUCUUCUCAUUUUAUUUCAGAAACUGCGUGACAGCCAACACGCUGGGACCCUUCUCUUUCUGGCUGCUCUACUGUUUUCCUGUCUGCCUGCAGUUCUUCACUCUCAGCCUCAUGAAUCUUUAUUUCGCACAGGUCAUUUUCAAGGCCAAGUCUAAAUAUUCACCAGAACUUCAGAAGUACAGGCUGCCACUGUACCUGCUGUUCCUGUCUAUCAGCAUCGUCUUCCUGCUGGUGAACCUGACCUGUGCGCUGCUGGUGAAGAUGACAAAGGCCGACACAGAGACUGUAGUGCUGGUGCGUGUGGCCAUCAACGACACUCUGUUUGUCCUCUGUGCCGUCUCACUCGCACUGUGUCUCUACAAGAUCGCCAAGAUGUCUUUGGCCAACAUCUACCUGGAGUCCAAGGGAACAUCUGUGUGUCAGGUGACUGUAAUCGGAGUGACGGUGAUCCUGCUGUACUCGUCUCGCGCGUGCUACAACUUAGUGGUGCUGGCACUGACAAAAAUCAAGAGCAUCAACUCAUUCAACUACGACUGGUACAACGUAUCAGACCAAGCAGAUCUGAAGUCGACGUUAGGUGAUGCAGGUUACGUGGUUUUUGGGGUGAUUCUGUUUGUUUGGGAGCUGCUGCCCACUUCCCUGGUGGUCUUCUUUUUCAGAGUCCGUAAGCCGGCUCAGGAUCGGAGUGCAGCAGUGAUCCCUGGGCACAUGUUCUCAUCUAGAGCUUAUUUCUUUGACAACCCCCGGCGUUAUGACAGCGAUGAUGACCUCGCAUGGAGUAUCAUCCCACAAAACAUUCAAGCCAGUCUUACGCCGGACAGCUAUGAUUGGAGCUCUCGGAACAACAGUUUCACCGCCUACGUUGAAGGUGAAGACUCUCAUCUGGUACCAGAGGAGUUAAAUCCCUACUAGAACUUUCCCAAUGAGGAGUCUGAUUAUUUUGCACAUUCCCCAUCGCUGUGGAGUCAGUCAUGGGUAAUAGUACAUUACCACAGAUAUUUAUUAGGGUAUCUCAAUAUAAUACCACAGUUGGGCUCUGGAAGCAAAACUACCAAUCAUUUUCUCUAUAAAGAAUCUUACCAAUAAUGUGCAGAGUUGCUGAGUGAAGCACUGCUUUAUGUUUCCGUAGAAUUAAAUGUGAUUUCAAAAACACUACCCAUAAUCCUGGGGAGAGAUCAAUCAGAAGUCCCAUGAUGCACUGCAAAUUAAUUAAUCCAGUCGGCCUCCCUACAUUCCACAAAUACUUGCACAUUUAAAUUGUAUUUGUAUUAAAUAUUUGUUUUUAAAUAUUAUAAAUAUUUUUAUUUAAAUAUAAACCUAAAAUAUAUUUUAGAAUCAGUGACUUUAAGUCAAUAGUUUUAUAUUGUACAGUUGUUUUUUGCUUCGAUUGUUUGCAAUGCCUUAUGGGAAAAGUAGUUCAUUGCCUCGUUAAAGAAAAAUUUCUUAUACCUUCGUCUUUUCAUCCUAUAGAGAAAAUGAAUGAGAAAAACACUUCCAUAGUCAAUGCUGCCAAAAAAGCGUGCGUUCAUCAUUGCGUUAUAUUCUUUAAACUUUUAGGCCAGUAGUAUUCGCCUCAGAUUCUACUCUGAAUCAAUCCGUACAAGCUAGUUUACACUGUCAAUUAUAUACAUAAGCAUAUAUAAAUUAAUAUAUUAUGUAUACUAGAUAAGUAUACUAACAUUCUGAAAUCUUUUGUUGCUCUUUUCAUGUUGCUGCUCUAUAAACAAAAUCAGCUUCUUCAUUUCAGUUCUAUUCAGAUUUAGGACACAAACCUGUUUAACAAAACUUGGCCUGAACUGUGAAACAUCACUGACACUCUCCCAUGGAAAAUUUCUAUUUUUGGAGAUACACAUUUUUCUAUAGACAACUGCAUUAACAGAAUGAUAAUUUUAUGAAGAAUAAAAUAAAAGUAUUUAUUUUGAAAUGUUCAGAAUUAGGGGUUGGAUUGUGUCCAUUGUUUUUAUAAAAACAUUUUUAGCGUUUGAUCAUUGUACAGUUUGUAUCUUUGUUGGCUUUUGCACUCGUGUCACUUUGUAAGACUUUGUUUGACUUCGUUUUCUACAUUAAUAAAAGAGAAAUUAUCAAACCCUAAA